UCUAUAGAGUCUUUUGUGAUUGCAAGUGCCUUUCUAAGUUAGAGUUUGAUGGUGUUACAUCUGCAGUGCACUUUUGCUAUGACUGAGAUUUUGUAGUUUCUAGCACACUGGGAAGUUAAAAAGAAAAGAAAAAAACAGAAGCAAGGGACAUGUGACUUUUCUACAUAUCUACUUGGGAAUGAAAAAAUAUUGUGAUAAGACUUGAAUAACAGAAGCUAAUGCCAUUUGAAAAGAAAUACAGCAUUUUUAACAAUAUGUCCUUGAAAUGGAUCUCAGCUCUGCUACUGCUACAAUUGUGUUGUUAUUUUUGCAUUGGGAGCGGUGGAAAUGUGCUGGUAUGGCCAAUGGAAUACAGCCACUGGAUGAAUAUGAAGAACAUAGUAGAGGAAUUGAUCCAGAGGGGACAUGAAGUGACAGUUCUGAUACCUUCAAGCUUCAUUUUUGUUGGUGUUAAUGCAUCGGGAAUUAAUUUUGAAAUAUUUCCCACAUCUAUCCAUAGAGAUCAAAUGGAAGAACUUUAUAUUAAAUGGAUGACUAAGUGGAUGGAUAUUGGUUCAAUAGAUACUUGUUUGGCAUAUAAUCCAGAGAUGGAAGAGAUUCUUACAGAAUAUUCUAGUGUUUGGGAGAAUGUUUGCAAAGAAAUAGUAUCAAAUAAAAAACUUUUGACAAAGCUCCAGGAAUCAAAAUUUGAUGUCCUCUUGGCAGAUCCUGUUGCUCCUUGUGGUGAGCUGGUGGCUGAGCUAUUGAAAUUACCUUUUGUGUACAGUCUUCGCUUCUCCCCUGGUUUUCAACUGGAAAAGAAUGCUGGAGGGCUUCCAUUACCUCCUUCUUACAUUCCUGUUACAUUGUCACAUUUAAGUGGUCAAAUGACUUUCAUAGAAAGGGUAAAAAACAUGAUAUGCAUGCUUUAUUUUGACUUUUGGAUUGAAUUGUUUAAUCAGAAGAACUGGAACAAGCUUUACAGUGAAAUUUUAGGAAAACCCACUAAAUUUUAUGAGCUAAUGCAGAAAGCAGAUAUGUGGCUUAUUCGAAGCUACUGGGAUAUGGAAUUUCCACGCCCUACUUUACCAAAUUUUGAGUUUGUUGGAGGACUCCAUUGCAAAUCUGCCAAACCUCUACCUAAGGAAUUGGAAAACUUUGUGCAGAGCUCUGGAGACCAUGGUAUUGUGGUAUUUUCUCUGGGGUCCAUGGUCAGUAACAUAUCAGAAUCAAAGGCCAAUGUGAUUGCCUCAGCCCUUGGAGAGAUUCCACAAAAGGUGGUUUGGAGAUUUGAUGGUAAGAAACCAGAUACUUUAGGAGCCAACACUCGAUUGUACAAGUGGAUCCCCCAGAAUGACCUACUUGGUCAUCCAAAAACCAGAGCUUUUAUAACUCAUGGAGGAGCCAACGGAGUUUAUGAGGCAAUCUACCAUGGAAUCCCAAUGGUUGGCAUUCCCUUGUUUGCGGAACAAUAUGAUAACAUUGCUCACAUGGAGGCUAAAGGAGCAGCUGUUAAACUGGAAUUCAACACAUUAUCAAGUAGAGAUUUGCUAAAUGCAUUGAAGAAAGUCACUAACAACCCUUUCUAUAAAGACAAUGCUCUGAGGUUAUCAGCUAUUCAUCAUCAUCAGCCUAUGAAGCCACUGGACAGAGCAGUCUUCUGGAUUGAGUUUGUCAUGCGCCACAAGGGGGCCAAGCACCUGAGGCCUCCUGCCUACAACCUCACUUGGUACCAGUACCACUCUCUGGAUGUGAUUGGCUUCCUCCUGGCUACUGUUGCAUCCAUUACUUUUCUUCUCAUAAAAUGUUGCUUGCUUUGUUUUCAAAAGUUUAUGAAUGCAGGAAAGAAGAAAAAGAGAGAGUAGAGCUCUUUCAAGUGCAUGGCAUCAGAAUUGGGUUAAUUUCAUUUAACUCCACUGGCAUGGAUAGAGGCAUUACAAGAUGAUUAUCCAUAUUUUACAAGUCCAUUGCUUUCUUUAGUUAAUUGUAUGCUAUAAUCAUAUUUAAGGCAUAUACAAUCCAAAUUUCAGUUGUUCUUCUAAUAGUUCUGCUUAAUUUUGAAAAAAUGCUUCAUAUAAAUCAUUUAAAAAAUGGGAAUCAACAAAACCAUAAUGUAUUAAAUUGAGAAAAGUAAGAAUCCUGAAUACUUUGUUGUAUUUCCAGAAACAUUUUUGAUUUGAAUAAAGUGUGAUCCACUGGACAUUUUGUGUAUGUGAAAGUACGUCAGAGGCAAGUAGUAGUUAAUAUAGCAGGAGAGAUCAUCUUCAGAUAACUAAAAUAGAGUAGAGAUAUUUCUAUAUAAAAUGAACUUAACUUACUUAAAAAAAUAUUAUGACUAUUUCUUUCCUGGAACAAAAAGCGACUCUGGGAGAGUGAAGAUGGGAAGCCAAGAUGAAUCUGCAUGUUAUAUUGAAAUGGAAAACUUACAGAGGAUGCAAAUAGAAAAAAGUCUGAAAAUAGUCUGGCAAGUGGAUUAGAGAAAGUUCUGAUUAAAAUUUGGGCAGAUCACAAUUUCAUGAGCAAAAAUAUAAGAGAAAGGGUAGGAUUAGCUGCGAGGACCCAUGUUUUAGGGCAGAGAGAAGACAUGGUGAAUUUAGUUAAUUUCACAGCACAUUGUUAAUGCAAAUAUUUUAUUUUGUAGAAGAUUUAAUAGCGCACAUCACUUGAAAAAUACCAAAUGAAUUAUACAAAUUUCUACAUGUUUUACAAAUUGUUACUUACCCUAAAUAAUUUUAUUCCUCAAACCUUGUACACUCCUGAUGUAUUUGAUUUGAAUUAAUAAAAUAUUUUUACUAUA